AGGUUAAACAGAAGUAGGUACUUCAGAAGCUACCAGAUAACCAUAUCUGCUCUAAUAAAGCGAUAAUCCACACUUCUGAUCCAAACUGCUCAAUAAACAUCUUCAUCAAAUUCAGUUGCGCUCGAUCUGUUAAGAAGAUGAGAAUUACCUCCGUUUUCUUGCUUGCUCUGGGAGUGGUCCUUUCCUUGGGGCUCUGUCAAGGAAAGUCCUAUGAAAAUUACAAAGUUUAUCAGGUGACUCCUGAUAAAGAAGAAGACCUUGCUGUUCUAAUUCCAUGGACUGAGAAGGAUAAUGUUGAUUUCUGGGACACAACAGCUCAGCCUAGGGUCAUGGUCAGCCCAAGCGAGCAAAAGAAUUUUGAAGAUUUCCUGCAGAAGCACAAUCUUCCAUACUCCGUUACUAUUGAAAAUGUUCAGACGACAAUCGAUCAAGAGCGUGAGGAGAAGAAAGCAUACUGGGCUGCUAGAGAAGUGUCGCCACGUCAUGUUACAGAUGACUUUCAGCAUUUCUGGAGCUACGACGAGAUAAACUCUUAUCUCCGUCGAAUGGCAACAGAGAACCCCCAAUAUGUUACUCUGCUCCCACUCGGAGAAACAUUUGAAGGUCGUGAAGUUCUAGGAUUGAGGAUCACAUCCCCAGGCAAUGAUGCCAAUAGACCAAUUAUCUACAUUGACGCUACGAUUCAUGCAAGAGAAUGGAUUGCUCCAAUGGUGGCUGUUUACAUUAUUCAUGAACUAGCUGAGCAUACGACUGAUCAUCUGAGCGUACUUGAUAAUGUUGUAUGGAUCAUUCAACCUCUUGUAAAUCCUGAUGGGUAUGAGUUUACCUACGCAGAAGAUGGUGAUCGUCUUUGGCGUAAAACAAGAACUAUUAAUGAGAACUCUGAUUGCUUAGGAGUCGAUGCUAACAGAAACUACGACCACUACUGGGCCAAUGGAGUGGCAUCAGGGGAAUGUACUCUGACUUAUGCCGGAACAGCUCCGUUUUCAGUUGCAGAAAGUCGAAUUGUGAGGGACGUUGUUAUGGCUAACGUAGACCGAAUGAAGCUAUACAUCAGCCUGCAUUCCUAUGGAUCCUUGUUUAUGUAUCCAUUCAGUUCUCACAGAAAUGUCUUGCCAGAAAACUUCCGUUUCCAACAUGAAGCUGGCGAUGUCUUCGCUGAAGCCCUCUACGCGGUGAAUCAGACUCCAUAUCAGGUUGGGAAUGGCGCUGGAAUUUUAGGUGUUUCAUCAGGUACAAGUAAGGAUUGGACUUACUCUGGACCUGGGAUUCCACUAUCAUACACCCUUGAGCUUCCCAGAGGUGGCACUGGUUUCGAUCCACCAGCUACCGCCAUUGAAGGUGUAGUUUCUGAAACCUUUAUUGGUAUACGCGCUAUUGCAGGAUUCGUCGUUGAGCGCUACUAUCCACUAUCAGUAGCACAGAAGGCCUAAAGAUAACGCACACCUCGGCAAAUAAACUUGCCAACAUUAUGUAAACUUGAGAUUUCCAUCUGAUGCAAUACACAGGGGAGGACAACACUGUUGGAUUAAUUUAAAUACAGCAAUUCAAUCAAAAGGUAUCAUUUCUUAUCAAUUAAUAAAAUGCCAUUUAUUGACCUUA